AUGAUGUCUCCAGCCCUUCCCAUCCUCUUCACCACCCUGCUCCUCUCAGCCAGGGCCUCUGGAGCACCGAGUUACGUGGUGGUGUCCCCGGCCGUGCUGUACCACCCUCACCCUGCCACACUCUGGGUGCACUUCAGUGACCUCCAGGGGCCCGUCCAGGUCCAUGUCCAGCUGCAGGGGGACAGUGGGGCCCCACCCAUCACCCUGCUGAGGAGGGAGGUCCUGGAGCCUCAUCUGCACCUGAAUGUCACCUUCCCUGCUCCAGCCCCUUCCAAAGGGGAGGAGGAGAUCGUGGCCCUGCACAUCUCAGUCCAAGGGGAUUCCCUGAAUGUCUCCGAGUCAAAGAAGGUGAUGCUGAGAGCUCUGAAACCCGGGAUCUUCAUCCAGACAGACAAGGCUGUCUACAAGCCUGGGCAGGAAGUGAAGUUCCGAGUUGUCUCCCUGGAUAAAGACCUGACCCCCAGCAACCAGAAGCUGCCCCUGGUGUUCCUGCAGGAUCCCAGCGGGAAUCGCAUUGCACAGUGGCGGGAGGUGACCCCUCGGCAGGGAAUCGUGGAUUUGUCCCUCCCGCUGGCCGCAGAGCCGGCCCUGGGCACCUACACCAUCAGCGUGGAGGGGAAAAGCCAUUCCUUCAGCGUGGAGGAAUACGUGCUGCCCAAGUUUGAGGUGACCAUUCAUCUCCCCAGCGCCCUGUGGGAGAAGGACGAGAAGUUCCCAGUGGAGAUUUGUGGGCGCUACACCUACGGGAAGCCCGUCCAGGGGAAGGUCCAGGCUGGCCUGUGCCUCAGCCAGGGGCUCUGGCCUCAGCACACGAGGAGCACCUGCAUGCAGGUUACUGGGCAGACAGAGAAGAACGGCUGCUUUUCCACAGAGGUUUCCAUGGCUGCCUUCAACGAGACCAUCUUGAAGAGGAGGAAGGAACUCAAAGUCGAGGCAUCGCUGGUGGAGGAUGGGACAGGGCUGGAGAUGAAAAGCACCAAAAGCUGCAAGGUUUUACCCGAGACAGUCACGGUCAGCUUUGAGAACCCUGAUCAUGUCUACAAGCCCGGCCUUCCCUACACCGGGAUGAUCCGGCUGCAGAGAGCUGACGGCUCUGCGCUGCCCGAGAGGCAGGUCCUGCUCUUUGUCAGCAACCAGGGAAAAAAGAAGACACAAAGCUUCCUGACAGACAGCUCAGGGAGAGCCUCCUUCCACCUGGUCACCUCUGGCUGGAGUGGCAGAGUCUCCUUGAGGGCUGAAGUCAAGAGGUCAGCUGAGAGGCAGGAGGAGGACUCAGCAGUCAACUACCAAGACGCCUUUCUGUCAGUCAUGCCCUACUCAUCGCAGAGCGGGAGCUUCCUGCACAUCCGCGACCCGGAACGGGACCUGCCCUGCGGCCAUCCCCUCCUCAUGCACGUGGAUUCCAUCUUUGGCAAGGAGGCUUUAGGCAGUGAGCAGAAGAACCUGGAUCUGGUUUUCAUGGUCCUGGCAAAGGGAACCAUUACCAGCAUCUUCAGGAAAGAGGUCACUGCAGAGCCUGGACAGAGAGUCUCCCUCUCCCUGGAGCUGCCCAUCGGGCUGGAGCUGGCGCCCAUGGGCAGGAUUCUGGUCUAUGUGGUACUGCCCAACGGCGAGAUGGUGGCUGAUAGCACCGAGCUCUACGUGGCCAAGUGCUUCCCCAACCAGGUGAAGAUGGCAUUUUCAGAGGCCAGGGCCCUGCCUGGGGCAGCGCUGAGGCUGCAGCUGGGGGCUGCCCCAGGCUCCCUGUGCGCUGUCCGAGCUGUGGAUCGCAGUGUGCUGCUCCUGAAGCCCGAGGCCGAGCUCAAUGCUGAGACCGUCUACAAAACACUGCCCGAAUUCAACUACCCCUACAGCAUCCAGGAUGAACCAUUCUGUGGCUUUUUCUGGUGGGACUCCAAGAUGGAAACCUACAAGUUAUUCGAGGGUGCAGCACUGAAGCUCUUCACCAACGCCAAGACCAGGGAGGAUUGCCUGCCCAGGAUCCCUAUAGGACUCCCGGAACCCCGUUACUUUAUGCUAAGCAGCAGUGUCCCGGUAUCUGGGGCUGUCCCAGAAACUCCCAUGCUGUUCAGCCCAGGCAUCCCAGCCAGCGAGGACAGGAAUGAGCCCCCAGCACCCCGGACGUACUUCCCAGAGACGUGGCUGUGGGACCUGAUCCCUGUGGGGGAGGGCGGCUCUGCCGAGGUGACAGUGACAGUGCCCGAUGCCAUCACAGAGUGGGAGGCUGGGAUGUUCUGCACGGCCCCGCAGGGCCUGGGGCUGUCCCCCGCUGUCACCCUCACGGCCUUCCAGCCGUUCUUCGUGGAGUUGGCACUGCCCUACGCCGUGGUGCGUCACGAGACCUUCACCCUCAAGGCCACAGUCUUCAACUACCUGCGCCAGUGCCUGAGGGUUCAGGUGACGCUGGCAGAGUCGGUGGAGCUGGAGGUGUCACCAGGUGCAGGGGACACCUACAGUGGCUGUGUCUGUGCAGACGAAGCCAAGACCUUCCAGUGGGGUGUGCGAGCCACCAGCCUGGGGGAGGUGAACAUCACCGUGAGCACCGAGGCCCUCAGCUCCACCGAGCCCUGUGGCAACGAGCUGCCCCUGGUUCCGGCCCAGGGCCACGUGGACACCGUGAUAAAGCCCCUGCUGGUGCAGCCCGGGGGGAUCCUGGUGGAGAAGGCUCACAGCUCCCUGCUCUGCCAGGAAGGUGCUGAAGAAGUUUCCUUGGAGAUUCCUACAGACAUCCUGGAGAGCUCCCAGAGAGCCCACGUCACCGUGAUGGGUGACAUCCUGGGCAAUGCCCUGCAGAACGUGGACAGUCUCCUGGCCAUGCCCUACGGCUGUGGGGAGCAGAACAUGGUUCGCUUUGCCCCCAACAUCUACAUCCAGCAGUACCUGGAGAAGACCGGGCAGCUGCUGCCGGACAUCCGCGCCAAGGCCCAGGGGUUCCUGCAGAGCGGGUACCAGCGGGAGCUGCGGUACAAACACGAUGACGGCUCCUACAGUGCCUUUGGCAAGAGCGAUAGCGAGGGCAACACCUGGCUGACGGCGUUUGUCCUCAAGUCCUUUGGGCAGGCCCGAGCCUACCUGGCCAUUGAGGAGCGGCACAUCACGGACGCGCUGCAGUGGCUGCGGCAGCACCAGAGGAAGAGCGGCUGCUUCCGCAGCGUGGGCAAACUCUUCAACAACGCCCUGCAGGGCGGUGUCUCGGACGAGCUCUCGCUCUCGGCGUAUGUGACUGCAGCGAUGCUGGAGCUGGGGCUGUCCACGCUGGAGCCGGCAGUGAGCUCAGCCCUGAAGUGCCUGGAGGAUUCUCCCACAGACAACCCCUACACACAAGCUCUGCUCGCCUACGUGUUCGGGCUGGCGGGGCUGCAGGAGCAGCAGCAGGCACAGCUGCAGCGCCUGGCCCAGCACAGCGUCAGCACAGAGGGGCAGCUCCACUGGCAGAGGAAUGGACAGGCUCAGAAGCCCUCAGAGCCGUCCUGGGCUGCAGCUGCCCCGGCCGAGGUGGAGAUGACAGCCUAUGUCCUGCUGGCCUACCUGUCCCAGCCCUCUGUGUCCCCUGCUGACCUGGGGACAGCAUCCCAGAUCGUCCGCUGGCUCUGCAAGCAGCAGAACCCCUACGGAGGCUUUGCCUCCACGCAGGACACCGUGGUGGCCCUGCAAGCCCUGGCCAAAUAUGCCGCCCUGACCCACGGCAGCAACGGGGACUUCACGGUGACGGUGACGUCGCCCACGGGCACAGCGCGGGACUUUGUGCUGGACAGCAGCAACCGCCUGGUGCUGCAGCGGGAGGCCCUGCCCGAGCUGCCGGGCACCUACGGGCUGCGGGCCCGCGGGCAGGGCUGUGCCCUGGUGCAGGUGACCCUGCGCUAUAACGUGCCCCCCCCUCCCAGCGCGGGGGCGUUUGAGGUGCGGGUGGAGACAGAGGCGCUGCCGAGCACACAGAACCCCCAGUUCCUGCUGCGGCUCUGGGCACGAUACAGCGGGGAGCGUCCUGCCACCAACAUGGUUGUCAUCGAGGCCAAGCUGCCAUCGGGCUACAGCCCAGACAAGAAAUCCGUGGUGGAGCUGAAGAGGCAGAACCUGGUGAAGAAGGUGGAGGUGCAGCCCGACCAGGUGACAAUUUACCUGGACCAGCUCACCAAGGAGGAGGAGACCUUUUCCUUCCGAGCCCAGCAGGACUUCCUGGUGAGCAACCUCCAGCCGGCCACUGUGUCCCUGUACGACUACUACGAGACAGGUGACCGUGUGGAUGUGGCCUACACUGCACCCCCCAGCUCAGGUAGGGGCUGA